GCAUGCGCAGACCGCGCGCGACAACAAAAUAAGAUGGCCGUGCAACGAAACAAAUAGAGCGCCGUCGUAAAUAACAAACCGUCCUGGCACGCUUGAAACGAGGGUUUUUUUUCGUGUAAAACUGGACGGCUUAGGACACGCGGGUGUUAAUUCUCUCAGUGUUUAUCUCUAUUUCGUUAAGAAUCGGGUUAUUGGUGCGUGGCUUUUAAUAGUCUUUUAAGAAGGAAAUUAGGCGCGUGGAGCGUUCUAAGGUCGGCCUCGUUGAAUGCGUCACGCGCGUACACGAGGAUACGUACGUGCGUGCGUGCGUGCGUACGUCCUUCGAUACGUAAUUCUUCAAACUAAAGAAUACAAAAAGUUUAAACGAAACUCGUUAAUCGUCAUCGCCAGGAUGCAAACGCAUGGGGAGGGCAAGCGUCAUUCCCGUCGCCGUCCACGGUUCGCCUAGCUCCUCAUGCUAGUAUCCUCUUCCGAAUUGCCUGUAGCACAGCAUGAAGGAGAUGCUUGGAGGGUGCUGUGUGUGUUCUGACGAGAGGGGUUGGACAGAGAAUCCGCUGGUGUAUUGCGAUGGACAGGGCUGUACUGUCGCUGUACACCAAGCGUGCUACGGUAUUGUUACAGUACCAACAGGACCUUGGUAUUGUAGAAAAUGUGAAUCGCAAGAACGUAGCGCACGAGUGCGCUGUGAAUUAUGCCCGAGCAAAGAUGGAGCGCUCAAAAGGACGGAUCAAGCUGGUUGGGCUCACGUUGUCUGCGCUCUUUAUAUUCCAGAAGUGCGUUUUGGCAACGUUACUACAAUGGAACCCAUUAUAUUACAACUUAUACCUUCGGAAAGAUUUAGUAAAUCUUGUUAUAUUUGCGAAGAACAAGGAAGAGGAAGUAGAGCGAAUGUCGGAGCUUGUAUGCAGUGUAAUAAAACAGGCUGCAGGCAGCAAUUUCACGUUACCUGCGCUCAAGCUCUUGGUUUACUCUGUGAAGAAGCUGGCAACUAUCUCGACAAUGUUAAAUAUUGUGGAUAUUGCCAACAUCACUAUUCAAAAUUGAAAAAAGGUGGUAAUGUUAAAACUAUACCACCGUACAAGCCUAUACCUGCUGACAAUGGAUCGUCAGAUUCAUCUCCUGAAAAAGAAGCGGAAACUCCGAUAAAAUCGUCGUCAAGUAGUAAAAGGAAAGGAUCGAGUUCAAAAUCUACUACAAAUUCUAAAAAUAAGUCCAAUACUAGUCCCAACGUAGAAGUAAAUGGUGUUGCCGAUGACACCAAGAGUAGCAGCGGUCGUAACACUCCCAAAGACGGUUCUGCGAAUACCGGAAAAUUUACGACGUCAAAUUUUGUAGAAACUAUUGUUACGCAGUCAGAAAGCGUAUUUGGACACGAUGGGUCUGCUUCUGUAACAGCAGCGUCCGCUGUUACAGUUGCCAAUAUAAAAACAAGUUCUAAUUCGAACUUGAUUCAUAAAAACAGUAGUCAAACGAAAUCUAAUACGUCUCAAUCUAAUAAAGGUUCGAGUCAUACAAGUAAAAGAAGAAAGACAGGUGCACGUACACCAACUGUGAUAGGAAAUGAAAAUUCAAAUCAAUCUGUCAGUUCCGAGGCUAGUGGAUCUGUCGUAGUCGCUGUAAGUUCUGUAGUACAGCAAGCAGUACCAAGUAAUAACGUACAACCUACUAUAACCGAAGCCACUAGUCUUAGUACCACCACGGAACCUGAAAGAGCAAAAAAGUUAAAAAUCGAUAGUCCGAUACAAUCGGCAUCAAGUACUCCAGUUACUACAGAAGCAACCACUACACCUGUGAUAAUGUCAGUAACGCAAUCUCAGUCAUCGACGUCUAUUCAAUCGCCGACAACUACAUCGAAUAGUAUAGUUGUUUCUGUUCCCUUAACUGCCACUUCUUUAUCUGGUACAGCCCAAAGUGUAGUAACAAGCGCCCCUACGUUGUACCAACAGUUACAACAAAGUAUAAUUACUACAGCAGCUAAUACAGAGCCAAGGUCCAGCAUCAUGCCGAGUACCGAGAGAUUUACAUUAGAGGAAGCACCUACUAAAAGAUCUCGAUCUCAGUCUUCGGACAAAGACAAGGUUCGUAAACCAAAACGUGGAUCGUCUAAUAGCCAGCCAGCAUUAGCACAAUCACAAUCACAACCACCGUCACAACCGCAAUCACAGCUGCCAAUAUCGUCGAUCGCACCAUCUGUUUCAAGUAGUGCAGUUGUUACAACUUCUAAACGAGGUGGAAGAAACAAUCAUCAAACACCUCCACCAUCCGUAUCAGUAGCACCUGUUCCAUCCAUAAUACAAGGUCCUUCAUUAGUAACUGGUGGUCACUUUAGCAGUAUUGGUUCGGUAGGCUCGAUGGGUCCUACUGUUAAAGAUUCGCCUCCUAGUAGUCCUGGUUCUGAAAGUAUGAGUAGCAGUGGACCUGGACGCCGUAAAAGGAAAAAUGCUUGUACCGCGUCUACGACGCCUACACCACCGGCAUCUAAUACACCUACAACUUUGACAAAUAUUACUAAAGAGGAAAAAGAUAUUAAGCUAUUUCAAAAUGGCGUUAGUGCGCCACAUAUGUUAGGAAAUCAAUUGAAUCCAACUUCAACAAUGGCACAAAAAAUGUCUGAUACAUUAUCCCAAGAAUUGGAAGCUCAUUCUAUUUUUACAGAAGCAAAUAAUUCUACAACUAAUUUAGUUGGCCCACAGUUGCACAGUCGUGUUAUAGCCUCCAUACGAUCCAAUCAAACAACUACGGCACCUACCUCUUUUUCAUCUGUAUUUUCAACAAACAGUAACACAAAUAUUAGUACUGCGAGUUCUGGAACGUUAGGUAGCGGAGCAAUCCCACAAACAUUAGAUCAGCUGUUAGAAAGACAAUGGGAGCAAGGCAGUCAAUUCUUAAUGGAGCAAGCACAACAUUUUGACAUUGCAUCACUACUUUCAUGUCUUCAUCAGCUGAGAGCUGAAAAUCUCAGAUUGGAGGAACACGUAAAUAGUCUUUUACAAAGGAGAGAUCAUUUAUUAGCCGUGAAUGCGAGACUUGCAAUACCGUUAACGACUCAACCUAGUGCACAUCCAGUUAACAAUGUACAUCCUACGGUAAAUCCGUCUCAUCCUAAUGUCGCACAUCCAGAGGUACCACCAGGAGCAUCCGGAGCUGCUGUACCUAGAGUAAAUCGAGAACCUCGCGUGAAUAAUACAUACAUGCCUCAUUCUAGUUCCGUGAAUCAUCCGACAACGUUAGAAAACGGAUUACCACCAGAUCCUUCGCCACCUGCAGCAGCAUCUCUAUCUCAGUAUCAACACAGAGGGUCCUUGGUUGCUCCACAACCAAGUCCUACAAUAAGACAUAGUCCAGCAGCUAGUGGAUAUUUACAAGGACAACAAAGUAACAUUGUAUCACCGGCUACAGCUAGUAAUUCUGGAGUAGUAAGAAAUUCGUCAGUAACACCUGAUCCAUUACGUGGUGUACCACGAUCGGCACCCCAAUCAUCAAGUAGUUAUAUGCCAUCAAUGUAUCAACCAGCAAUGUCAAGUCUCACUAAUAAUCAAGUAGGUAGCGUUCAUAAUCUUCAUUCACAUGGACCUUCUCCGACUAAUCAUGGGCCACCGGGUAAACCUAGCUGAAGGUAGAUGCAAUCACGAAAUAAACAAAAACAUUCGUCAUCCGUAAAACGUGAUAGAAGCAAAGGCUAGUUAUAUGUUCUAUCUUAUUUUAGUGCAUUGAGAAAUGGUUACGUUCAAUACACGAAUGUGUAUUUUGUUUUUAUUAACUGCCGAGUUUAAUUCAUUGAAACGCAUUAUCAAAAGUUUUACCCAUAAUUCUUGACUUUGCACAUGUUUGUCAGUCUCUACUCAAUUAUGCAAUAUAUCUAUUAUUAAUAUUUCAAAUUAUUAACUGCGCUCUAAUGAUGAUGAUGAUGAUGAUGAUGUUGAUGUUGAUGAUGAUGACGACGAUGAUGGGUAAAAUGAGAAAAAAUCAGAAGUGUGAUAUAUAUAUAUAUAUAUGUAUAUACAUAUAUAUACUUGCAUAUAUGUAUGUAUAUAUGUGUGUAUGUAUAUAUGAUGUGUAUAUGUAUGUAACAUACAUACGAAGUAAAUGAAAUUCGGAUUGCGAAAUAAUCCGUCUGGCGCAUUAUAUCUAUUAUAUUUUAUGAUUAUAAGUACUACUUUUUUCUUUUUUAAGUUUAUUUUUUGUCCACCAGUCGGAGACAAAUGCAAUGUUUUAAUACAUGCUUCCGACAUGGUAUUAGAAUUAUUUUCUUUUAAGUUAGACGAUUUAGCAGAACUGCAGGUUGAAGAUAUUCAUUGCAAUUCUGUAGCAAUCAAGAAUUUAUAAAAUUUGAAAAUCUUUUUUAUCAGCGAAUAAUGGCAAUCAAGAAAAUUCGAGUAUAGAAAAAAAUAAGGAUAUGACUGAGAAUUAGUAUAUAAUUCAUUAAUCGAAAUUUUGUAAUCGGUAAACUUUUUUUUUUUUUUUAUAUAUAUUUAUUAAGUAAAUACAUAUAUCUUUUUUAUUUUAAUUUUUUUUUUUUUAAUUUUGUGGAUACAACAGUGCCUGCUUGGGGAAGUAGUAGUAAACACAACGAACGUUGAGUAGAGACAUUUCAAUCGUGACCAAAGAAUAAGAAUUAAUAGAAGAAUUUGCUAGGUGUUUAUUUGGUCAUUAUUUGAAAGAAAGAAAGAAAAAAAAAGAAAAGAGAAAAAAAAUAUCUACACAAAUAGUUGUCAAUGCAUACAGAUUUUUCUUUGUUUGUUUACGUGUCAAGCACAUACGAGACAAUCUCUGAGUGUUGACAUCAUAAAGGAUCAGCAAAUCCACAGAUGUACAAACGUGUAGACUGUAAGUUAAGCUACCGCGAUAAAUAGCAAUAAUAAACGAUAGUUGUACAUUUUAAUUAGGUUUAUAAAACAUGAUGAUGCAGUAAAGAAAUUCAUGUGUAGUAAGUUAUACAGGACAUUUUUCAAGAACGUGAUAUCAUUUAAUAUAAAUAAUAUCUUAAAUGAUUUAACAUCGGACAGGAUUAAAAUGAAUGAACAGUAUAUCUCAUGUUUAUUUAUUUAUUUGCCAUAUCGAAGGACUUUUUUUAUUGCAUCAUCAAAGGUUCCGGUUAAGAAGGCGUAUUGUGUAUAGUAUAAAGAAUAGAUACACAACCUAUUUCAAAGCCACAUUAUAAUGUAUAUUUUAAACUAAAGCAUAAAGCAUAAAAGAAAAAAAAAAAAAAAAAUAUUGUACAACACGAGCACUGCCUUCCACCGAAAAGAGCUAUGAAAUAGGUUGUCUACGAUUGCCAUUUUUUUUCUUUUUGUUUAAAAAUGCAUGAUCAUAUAUUAUGUUUCUUAGUUCUUUUUCUUUUUUUUUUUUUUUGGGGAGGGGUUUUAAAAAUUUCUUUCUUUUUUUUUUUUUUUUUUUUAAAUUUCUUUUUUAUGAAUUGUCUUUUCACCUAAAUUGGUGCGUACGAUUAUUAUUUGCUUAAUUAUGAAAGCAGUAUAUAGAAAUAAUACUGUACUCUCGUGAUUUAUAAAUUUACUACGAUACUCGUCUAAUCGGUACAAUUCCAGACAUUCUUUGAGAUGAUUCUACACAUUGAGAGGUGUAUUAGUAAGGAAUACUUAUAACGUCUAUGAUACAUUGUGUAUUAUAUAUUUAAAGAUAUUAAGGAAAUGCAUUUGAUCUUACUCUCGCAAGAUUUUCGCAAAAAGAAAUCAUAAGCAGUUUCGUUUUAUUUUUAUGUAUUUUUUUUUUAUUUUUUUUUUUAUUUUUUAUAUUUUUAAUGAAUUUGCUUACGAUGUGUACUCGGUGAUUAUGAUGAACAUAUAUCUCUUAUCACGGUUUAUUAUUAUAAAACAAUAUUCCUUUAUUAUAAAAAUAUUUUACUUAGCAAGUUUGUUAGACUUAUUGGAAACAUAAAUGAUUAUUGUCUUUUUUUUUUUUUUUUAUAUAUAUAUACAACUAUUAUAUGUUGUAACGAUUAUUAUUAUUAUUAUUAAUCUUUAAAUUUAAGUCUGUGUAUUUAUAUUAUUUGAUCUAUAUUUGAAAAAAUGUUUGGAAAAGUUUUGUAAGGUUAAAGUGGAAAAGGAAAAAGAAGAAAAAAGAAAAAAAAAAAACAUUCAUCAUAAUCCCAAGAACAUAAAGACUUAAAAUCGGAAACACACAAAGAGUUUCAAUUGAAUAUAUAAGUUUAUAAAAUAAUAUUAGAAAAACCAAAUCGCGUUACGAGUUAUGACUGAUUUUGCCAUAACGUGUUCUUCGUUAAUUUAAAAAUCUUAAUUGUGUUCAAAAUAGGUAAAAAAAAAAAAAAAAGGAAAGAGAAGUAUUUUCUUUUUUUUUUCUUUUUGUAAAAAAGCGAACGACAAAUUUUCAUUUUUUUUUCUUUAAUCGGAAAUGAUAUGUAAUUUGUCUCUGAUGCUUUUGCAUUAGGCCGAACGAUUGAAUUUAAUUAACAAAAUGCGACUUAGAGAAAUUUAGAGAAGUAAUGAGAAAUUUUUUUCUCUAAGCAUGGACGAACUUUGGACUAAGGAUCUUUUACGAUUAGAUUAUGUAAUUAAUGCAAGAAAAGAAAAAGGAAAAAAAAAAGAGAAAAAAAAGAAAAAAUUAGUACGUAUGGGACAAGCGAAGAAACAAAUAAAAAAAAAAAUAAGACAAAAUAAAAAUAAAAAUAAAUGAUAGACGUCGAAACACCAAACUUACAGAAUAGCUUAUCACCACUCAGGGAAAUCGGUUUACUACUCAAAAUUCUGUCGAGUUUUCUUUUGAGUACGUUGAUCGUGGAUCUUUAUAAAAACAUGAAAAAUUUGGUGUGCGUAUGUGUGCAUAUAUAUAUAUAUAUAUAUAUAUAUACAUAUAUAUAUGUAUAUACAUAUAUACAGAUUAUUAAAUAUUUUUGAAUAUAAAAAAAAUAUCGAUCAGUCAUCAAUGUAUCAAUUUUUCAUAUCGUACAGUAAACCUAAAUUAUUCAGAAAUGAAUAAAAAUCGUUUCUCUAUAUAUUUAUUCGUAUUGAUCCAUCAAGAUACACGAUUGAUUACUCUAUCGAAAAUUCGUCAGGGUUUCUAAAAUAUGAACAAAAAAAAAAAAAAGAAAGAAAGAAAAAAAUAUUUGAAUAUGUGAAGUGAGAAUAAUUUCAGUAAAAGAUAAACAUCUCAUCGCGUUUGUACUAAUGAAAAAUAUUUUAUGCGUCAGUAUAGUAACUAUAUAUUGUAUUAAAAAUAUGAUUAUACACGUAAAAUAUCCAUUGUAAAAAUUAAGAUGAAAAGGAAAGAAAUUAAUAAAUAAAAAAAGCAAGAUAGAAAAGAAAAGAAAAAAAGACGACGAAAAGAUUGACGAGGAUUGCGACAAACGCAUACUACAGAAAAAAAUAAAUAAAUAAAAAGUAAAAAGACAAAGAGUAAGAGUCGGCAAUGAAGAAAAAAAAAAAAAAAGAAAAAGAAAACUAAAAAGAAAAAAAAUCUACAGAGCACUGCGACGUUAUUUUUACACAAAUGAUGAUGCUUGCUGAUAAUGAUGAUGAUGAUGAUAAUGACGAUGAUGAUGAUGAUGAUUAUGACGAUGAUGAUGACGAUGAUGAUGACGAUAAUAAUAAUGAUGAUGAUGAUGAUGAUGAUGAUGAUGAUGAUGAUGAUGAUGAUGAUGAUGAUGAUGAUGAUGAUGAUGAUCAUGAUGACGAUGAUGAUGAACGUGCCAAAUUUUUUGCAAUCGAAUUACCGAACUCCCUCGAUACUUCUCAUAAGAUUUAUCUCGACGAUUAAAAACGUGUGAUGUAGAUAAGAUCAAUUUUUUCUUGUUUUCAGGCGAUAUUAUAAGAUUUAACAAAGGAAAAAGAAAUAGAGAGAGAAAAAAAAGAAAACAUAAAAAAGAAAUACGAAGAAGAAGGUUUUAUUAUUACAAAAGUAAAAACACGAUGUCAAUGUUUAUGUCUAUCGUAAUUAAUGUUUAAAAAUGAAAAAAAAGGAAAAGAAAAAAGAUGAGAAGUUGAGUUGGCGAAAUUCUUUUCUAAGAAAAUUUUAUUUUUCAUAAGUUCGACGUUUAGUUCCUUUUUUUUUGUUUAUCGUGCAUUAAUCGUAUUAUUAUUAUUAUUAUUAUUAUUAUUAUUAUUAUUAUUAUUAUUAUUAUUAUUAUUAUUAUUAUUUUUAUUUUUAUUUUUAUUAUUUUUAUUAUUAUUAUCGUUAUUAUCGUUAUUAUUAUUAUUAUUAUCAAUACUAUUAUAAUUAUAAUUAUAGUAAUUAUUAUUAUUAUUAUUACUACUAUUAUGAUAAUUAUUAUUAUUAAUUAUACAUAUUACAAACAUAAAAUAUCAAGAUAAAAAUUUUAUUUUAGUUCUUAUAACACGUGUUCAAUUUUAUUAUAGAGAAAUACAUGGACGAGUUCCUAAUCAUUUUUCGAAUUAGAUGUAUUAGAAUCGUGUGUUAUUAAUAUUAGAAAAGGAAAGGAAAAAAAAAAGAGAAAUGAGAAUUAGGAUCUAAUUCGAUACGAUUUGUAAGCAAAAGAGAGGUAUCCUCUUCUCCUGGCACGCACAUUUUUGAAGAUUAUUAAUAUUCCAAGUUUAAUUAUUAAAUUUUUUUUUUUUUUUUCAUCAUCACUCCUUCCUCGACCUCUUCUUUUUUUCUUUCUUUUGUUGUUUCAUUUCGUGCGGAUUUUGUUGUUUCUUUCUUUUCUUUUUUUUUUUGUUCGAUUUGUUUGUUCGUUCGUUUGUUCUUUUUAUCUUUAUUCUUUCGAUAUAAGUAAUGAUUUCUGUUUCUUUUUUCUUUUUUUUUUGUUUUUCGUCUACGCCGCUAGAAGCUCUAUUAAGAAAAUUUUCGAUAAGAAAAAUUGUUCGCAUGCGUAAUGAGAUAUAUUACAUAUAUAUCUGUUUAUGUAAGCGUCUAUAUGUAUGGAGGUUGUGCGUGAGUGUUCAUAAUUAUAUUAAUAUUAUUGGCAUAUAUACAUAUGGCCGUGUGCGAGAAGAAAAAGUUAACUGCGUCUUUUAAAACGAAUUCGAUUAAUAAGAAUAAAAGUCCUUGUGAGAUAAAAAAAAACAUUUUAUAUAUAUAUAUAUAUAUAUAUAUAUAUAAAUUCGUAAUAGAAAAUUGUAAAUCGAUUCGUUUGGGCGCCCAGUUUUGGUUUGUUUUUGUUUGUUUUUUCUUUUUUCUUCUUUUUUGUAUUCUCCCCUCAUCCCUAUGAAAGAAAUGCGAGAAAGAAAAGGAAGAAAUAUUACACAAAAAUAAAAUUAAUAAAUAGUUAAAUAAAUGAAAGGAGGAAAGAGCGCCGUUCGAAUUAUAUCACAUUGGGCGGCACUUUAUCAAGGUUUCGAUUUUGUACGAAAUAGACGAUACAACAAAUUGUUAUACCUAAUGCUAAAGUUUUGAUACGAUGUGUUUUUAAGAAAAAAAUGAAUGAUCAAAAAAAAAAAAUAGAAAAGGAAGGAAAAAGACAGCGAGCGAGAAUGUCGAGUGUGUCGAGCGAAAAUAUCGUUUAAAGAAAAAAAACAAUAUAUAUAUAUAUUGUUAUAUAUAUACAAUAUAUAUAUAUAUAGACACAGAGUUUUGCACAAGCGUCGUUUCUCAUUGCGUAUAUUCUUUUCUUUUUUCUGUAACUCCGUUCUGUCUCGUAAAAAAAAGAAAAAAAUAAGGCAAAGUUCGUCUAAGUGAUCUAAAGUAAUAAAUAAGAAAAAGAAGAAGAAGAAGAAGAACAAAGUAAAAAAAAAAAAAAAAAAAGACAAAGAGAUACAAAAGAAGGAUUAUCAGUGAUCUUUUGUAUCAUAGCCGCACGAAAAAAGAAAGAAAGAAACUGAAAUAAAUUUUUAUGUUAGUUUGCAAAUAAAUUCCGACAAAUUACAUUUGAUCGAUCUUUAAUAUAAUACUGAUCGUAUAUCGAACAAGAGGGAAAGAGAGAGUGAGAGAGAAGGAAAUAAAAAAAAAAAAAUAAAGAAGCGAAUCACAAGCUCGUUCGAAAGUCGCUGGAAUGCAUAUAUUUAUUAUUUUUUAGCUUUUUUCUCUUUCUAUCAAGGUCAUUGAAAAAUAAAGAGAGAGAAGGCAGAAAAAUUGUAAAAGAAAGAUGGCUGCUUGCUGACAGCGACUUUUGAAUCGAACCCUCGUAUACACACAUAUUGUAUGUACCUAUUCAUACAGGAUAAGAAAUGAAUGAAGUUUUUAUCAUCAAGAAAAGGGUUGAUCGUUUCUUUUUAUUACGCUCGUGAAAGAUGAAAAUGAAUGAAUCAAGAUGACGAUGACGACGAUAAUGAUGCUGAUGAUGAUGAUGCUGAUGAUGAUAAUCAUGAUGAAGACGAUGAUGAAAAUGAUGAUAAAUAAAUAAAUGCGUAGAGAAAUCGACGGUAAUUUCGAAAUCGAGAGUCGUCGAACAAUUUUUCUUCCUUUCUGUAUAACGAAAAUGGCGUCAUGAAAAAAGUCAGUCUUGAGUCAAUGAGAUGAAAAGAAAAAAAAAAAAAAGAAAGGAGAAAUGCUUUACAAAUAAAACGAAGGAGAAUCGUUCGAUGUUUUAUUUUUUUUUCCUUUUUUUUUGUUUUUUGGAAAUAUCGUCGAUGCGUUAUCUCAUUGGUUCGAUUCGUCGAUCCAUUUCGCAUAAGUUUGACCGAGGAACUUGGACGAUGUAUGAUACGAUUUUGUAAUGUAAUUUUGUGCAUAUGGAAAAGCAUGUAAUAAAGAAGGCUAAGCAACAA